UGGGAUGAUGGGGCGGAGCGAGGAUAAAGGGGCGGAGCACAGAUAGAAACCGGGGCGGGGAGGGGAGGGGCGUUCUCGGCCUUUGGGACCCGCCUCUCGCCGCAGGCGCGCCUGCCCCGCCUUCUCACUCCCCACGGCGGCGGCUGCGGAGGCCGAGGGCGGGGAAGGAGGGGAGAGCGGGUCACGACGCUGCCGGGGCGGGGAUAACCCCUCACGUGGAGCAGAUGAAAGGGCCGCGGCGCGACGGCCGGGGGAGCCGAGCUGAGCCUGCGACCCACAAAGCCGCCGCCGCCGCCGUGAUGGGGCUGUGAGGCGUCCGCCCGCGUUCGGUCCUCAGCCGGCCCGCGACUAUGCCCGGCCGCGCCCGCCCUCCGCGCCCUCCCGCCGCAGGACCAUGAGGCCGCGCUCGGGCGGGCGCCCAGGGGCCCCGGGCCGCCGCCACCGCCGCCUGCGCCGCCGCCCCCGCGGCCUCCGGUGCAGCCGCCUGCCGCCGCCGCCGCCGCUGCCGCUGCUGCUCGGGCUGCUGCUGGCGGCCGCGGGGCCCGGCGCGGCGCGGGCCAAGGAGACGGCGUUCGUGGAGGUGGUGCUGUUCGAGUCGAGCCCAAGCGGCGAUUACACCACCUACACCACCGGCCUCACGGGCCGCUUCUCGCGGGCCGGGGCCACGCUCAGCGCCGAGGGCGAGAUCGUGCAGAUGCACCCACUGGGCCUAUGUAAUAACAAUGACGAAGAGGACUUGUAUGAAUAUGGCUGGGUAGGAGUGGUGAAGCUGGAACAGCCAGAAUUGGACCCGAAACCAUGCCUCACUGUCCUAGGCAAGGCCAAGCGAGCAGUACAGCGGGGAGCUACUGCAGUCAUCUUUGAUGUGUCUGAAAACCCAGAAGCUAUUGAUCAGCUGAACCAGGGCUCUGAAGACCCGCUCAAGAGGCCGGUGGUGUAUGUGAAGGGUGCAGAUGCCAUUAAGCUGAUGAACAUCGUCAACAAGCAGAAAGUGGCUCGAGCAAGGAUCCAGCACCGCCCUCCUCGACAACCCACUGAAUACUUUGACAUGGGGAUUUUCCUGGCUUUCUUCGUCGUGGUCUCCUUGGUCUGCCUCAUCCUCCUUGUCAAAAUCAAGCUGAAGCAGCGACGCAGUCAGAAUUCCAUGAAUAGGCUGGCUGUGCAGGCUCUGGAGAAGAUGGAAACCAGAAAGUUCAACUCCAAGAGCAAGGGGCGCCGGGAGGGGAGCUGUGGGGCCCUGGACACACUCAGCAGCAGCUCCACAUCCGACUGUGCCAUCUGUCUGGAGAAGUACAUUGAUGGAGAGGAGCUGCGGGUCAUCCCCUGUACUCACCGGUUUCACAGGAAGUGCGUGGACCCCUGGCUGCUGCAGCACCACACCUGCCCCCACUGUCGGCACAACAUCAUAGAACAAAAGGGAAACCCAAGCGCGGUGUGUGUGGAGACCAGCAACCUCUCACGUGGUCGGCAGCAGAGGGUGACCCUGCCGGUGCAUUACCCCGGCCGCAUGCACAGGACCAACGCCAUCCCAGCCUACCCUACGAGGACGAGCAUGGACUCCCACGGCAACCCCGUCACCUUGCUGACCAUGGACCGGCACGGGGAGCAGAGCCUCUAUUCCCCGCAGACCCCCGCCUACAUCCGCAGCUACCCACCCCUCCACCUGGACCACAGCCUGGCCGCUCACCGCUGCGGCCUGGAGCACCGGGCCUACUCCCCAGCCCACCCCUUCCGCAGGCCCAAGUUGAGUGGCCGCAGCUUCUCCAAGGCAGCUUGCUUCUCCCAGUAUGAGACCAUGUACCAGCACUACUACUUCCAGGGCCUCAGCUACCCGGAGCAGGAGGGGCAGUCCCCACCUAGCCUCGCGCCCAGGGGCCCGGCCCGUGCUUUUCCUCCGAACGGCAGUGGCAGCCUGCUCUUCCCCACCGUGGUGCACGUGGCCCCGCCCUCCCACCUGGAGAGCGGCAGCACGUCCAGCUUCAGCUGCUAUCACGGCCACCGCUCGGUGUGCAGUGGCUACCUGGCCGACUGCCCAGGCAGCGACAGCAGCAGCAGCAGCAGCUCCGGCCAGUGCCGCUGUUCCUCCAGUGACUCUGUGGUAGACUGCACUGAGGUCAGCAACCAGGGCGUGUACGGGAGCUGCUCCACCUUCCGCAGCUCCCUCAGCAGCGACUAUGACCCCUUCAUCUACCGCAGCCGGAGCCCCUGUCGUGCCAGUGAGGCCGGGGGCUCGGGCAGCUCGGGCCGGGGACCUGCCCUGUGCUUCGAGGGCUCCCCGCCUCCCGAGGAGCUCCCGGCGGUGCACAGUCAUGGUGCUGGGCGGGGCGAGCCUUGGCCGGGCCCUGCCUCUCCCUCGGGGGAUCAGGUGUCCACCUGCAGCCUGGAGAUGAACUACAGCAGCAACUCCUCCCUGGAGCACAGGGGGCCCAAUAGCUCUACCUCAGAAGUGGGGCUCGAGGCUUCUCCUGGGGCCGCCCCUGACCUCAGGAGGACCUGGAAGGGGGGCCACGAGUUGCCGUCGUGUGCCUGCUGCUGCGAGCCCCAGCCCUCCCCACCCGGGCCUAGCGCCGGAGCAGCUGGCAGCAGCACCUUGUUCCUGGGGCCCCACCUCUACGAGGGCUCUGGCCCGGCGGGUGGGGAACCCCAGUCAGGAAGCUCCCAGGGCCUGUACGGCCUUCACCCCGACCAUUUGCCCAGGACAGAUGGGGUGAAAUACGAGGGUCUGCCCUGCUGCUUCUAUGAAGAGAAGCAGGUGGCCCGCGGGGGCGGAGGGGGCAGCGGCUGCUACACUGAGGACUACUCGGUGAGUGUGCAGUACACGCUCACCGAGGAACCCCCGCCCGGCUGCUACCCCGGGGCCCGGGACCUGAGCCAGCGCAUCCCCAUCAUUCCAGAGGAUGUGGACUGUGAUCUGGGCCUGCCCUCGGACUGCCAAGGGACCCACAGCCUCGGCUCCUGGGGUGGGACGCGAGGCCCGGAUACCCCACGGCCCCACAGGGGCUUGGGAGCAACCCGGGAAGAGGAGCGGGCUCUGUGCUGCCAGGCUAGGGCCCUGCUGCGGCCUGGCUGCCCUCCGGAGGAGGCGGGUGCUGUCAGGGCCAACUUCCCUAGUGCCCUCCAGGACACUCAGGAGUUCAGCGCCACUGCCACUGAGGCUGCAGGACCGAGAUCUCACUCAGCAGACAGCAGCAGCCCGGGAGCCUGAGCUCAGGAGGAACUCUUACCUGGAAAUUGGGAACUGUAUGGAGACUCCAAACUGACUUCUUUCAAAAAACAAAAACAAAAAAUUUUUUUAGCUUUGACAAACACACAAAAGUGGUAAUAAAGAGAGCCCUCCUUGUCAACCCAAAAUGUGAGCCCCCUGUGGCAAAACCACCCCCUACCCCAUUAACAAAUCAACAGACAAAAUUCUCCGAGUCCUUUGCCUCUUUUGAUAACAUGUUGUUCUGUUUUGUAAAGUGUGUGUGCUUGGGGUUCCGAGGUGUGGGAUUGAGUUCUCUGCUUUGUUUUUUUUUUAAGAUAUUGUAUGUAAAUGUAAAAAGUUAUUUAAAUAUAUAUUUUAAAGAACCCUAA